AUGCGGCCAACACCCCCGAGGACCGAGAUCAGAAACACUCCUGAGCCCUGCCCGUCGCUGCUCCUUCUAGACAACGCAGACACUCUCGUAUUCAUCGAUUCACCGCCACGAUCAUCGACCAGCUCCCUUUUACCUGCCUCAGGAGAAUAUGUCCCGCACCGCAUUCACAGCCAGAAGCUCUUGCAAACUAAUUCUCCGUUCUUCAAGAAGCUCUUCAAUCCGAGGACGCAAGCUCGGAUUGUCAAGCGCCGUGGACUCACAGAUGGGCUUACAAACGGGCUCAAGUAUGCUAUAGAUCUGACUCCUCCGACAGAGGGAGAAGAUGCGGUCAUCGCCAUCACGGAGCUUUCUUGCCCACUUGGUAUCAGGACAUGGUCCCGCUGUCAGAAACGAUGGUGCCUCCCUAUGUCGUGCGUUGGGGGGCAGGACGAGGAUGCGGUGUUGGAUACAAAUACACACAAAGGCUUCGGCGGACGGCCGUCCCAGGAGUCGAAUGAUUCAGUCCCGCAGAAUCCUGAGAUAGAUGAACAGAGUGGGAACCACCAGAAAGAUGAUAUGGGAACGCCCGAGGCUUCAAGUUUUGCAGCAGAACGCGGGAAGCUUGGACUACCGCUGGACUACUCUGCUUCUCGCCAUCGUGCAGGCAUUGAGCAGGUCUUGCAGGCUCUGGAGGACUUUCAUCCUCAACUUGAUACCCCUUGCAAGCUUUGGACCUUUUUCGCCCUGGCGAAGCUGUAUGAUAUUGCCACAGCACCGAAGAUAUGCGACCUCAUUCUUUCCUGGUUUUACGAGUCCACCAACGUUCGGUUCCUUGAGAUCCACCCGGAGAUCAGCUAUCGGAUUGCCUGUGGAAUUCAGUGCGCCUCCCUCUGUCGAGACACCUUCUCUAUCCUUGUAGGGGAGGAAGCCCUACUUCUGCUGGCUAACGGGGACGAAGCGGCCCGUCUGGAGAGGCCUCGGGUGACAUGGCAUGGACGCCUCCGUGAGUCGCUAGAUGACACCGAGCUCCAGCGUAUUGAGUACGCAAGUAAGAGCUUCCUGGAUCAUGUUAUAAAUCGUUUCGUUCACUUGAUGGGGGCUAGCAUGGCAUGGCUCCAUGAUUUAUCCGAGUUUCAGAAAGUUCACCGUUUCCAACCAAGGUCCUCACCAGAAGAGAAAGCCAAGUCUCAGCUUCUCACUGCUCUGAAAGACUUUGUGAGAUGCACCUUAUUGUCGCCACUAACGGGCCGUGUUCCUGAGAGAGGGAACCCAAAAGCAUCCCUCAGCUCGCAGGACCAUGAGGGCUAUCCACCACCGAAUUUCGCAAACGCUUACAUGGAGAUGUCACCGGCAGAGCGCAUAAUUAGUAGGACGUUUUGGCACAGUCUAUCCCUGGAGACUUUUAGUGGCCAGUGCCCUAUUCUCUCCGCAAGGCCUUCCGUCAUUACCUCCCUUGCCAAGAUCAUUCCACAGUUCAGAGAGCAAGAGGACUGGCAGACCAAUGGUAUAUCACGAAAAGAGUUGAUAGCCAGAGUAGUAGGCUUCAAUUCUUUCUACAGGAGGUUUGCGCGGAGAGUCUUCGAUUGGGAUGCGAGCCGGCCUCAAAUGACCGCAAAUGCCUCCCGAUCCGAGUCUUCUAUAUACAGCGCACCCCAACUACAGAACCUCCCGGGUAUUGAUUUGGUUCUACCGCUUGAGACGAUAGAAUUUGACUUGGAUACCUUCUUUAAUCAGGUUCAGCGCUACGUAAAUGACUACGCAAAGCUGAUCACCCUUGGGUCUUCGACCAUGUUCUACGAAUUGACUGAUACUCUGACAGGUCUCACGGAGAAUGAGUUCAAAUAUCUUCCCUUGUGGGCUGGUGGCAAUGAUGACGGAUCCGGAGGCGUCUUUACUGAUGAUAACGUGCCAUUACUUGAGACGGGAGGCUUCUCGACCCCGGGACCAGCAAUCCAUACAGGUAGUACGGCCUCUUCUGUGAUGUCGCAUUCCACUAUCGCGCCCUCAGAGUUUGAGAGUACAGUUCAGGGUGCCUCCCACAGGGCUACGGAAAGUCAUCAGAGUGAUGUAAUGUCGAUUGAUACGGAUAUUGAUCAGGACAGUGGAAGAAACAGUGACCAUGCAUCAUUUUCGUGGCAGGGUGCUGGCGACAAUACAUCGAUCGAUCUGAGCUCGGCUGAUGACGGGGAGUUCGACUUCGAUUCUGCGAGUGACUCUACCGGCACCGUUGUUAUGGGCUCUCCGAGUCAUAGUGACCUUUUGAGUGACUUUGAGGAGGUGCAUGUGGACGACAACAAUGCCUCUGGUUCACGUCCCUGA